AUGGCGGCGGCCGACGGCGAUGACUCGCUGUACCCCAUCGCGGUGCUCAUCGACGAGCUCCGCAACGAGGACGUCCAGCUUCGCCUCAACAGCAUCAAGAAGCUGUCCACCAUCGCGUUGGCCCUUGGUGUCGAGAGGACCCGCAGCGAGCUCCUGCCCUUCCUCACAGACACCAUCUAUGAUGAAGAUGAAGUCCUCUUGGCCCUGGCGGAGCAGCUCGGGACCUUCACCACCCUGGUGGGGGGCCCGGAGUUCGUGCAUUGCCUGCUGCCGCCCUUGGAGUCGCUGGCCACGGUGGAGGAGACGGUGGUUCGGGACAAGGCGGUGGAGUCCCUGCGGGCCAUCUCACACGAGCACUCGCCCUCGGACCUCGAGGCCCACUUCGUGCCGCUGGUGAAGCGCCUGGCGGGCGGCGACUGGUUCACCUCCCGCACGUCGGCCUGCGGCCUCUUCUCUGUCUGCUACCCCCGGGUGUCCAGCGCGGUCAAGGCCGAACUCCGACAGUACUUCCGGAACCUGUGCUCAGACGACACCCCCAUGGUGCGGCGGGCCGCAGCCUCCAAGCUGGGGGAGUUCGCCAAGGUGCUGGAGCUGGACAAUGUCAAGAGCGAGAUCAUCCCCAUGUUCUCCAACCUGGCCUCAGACGAGCAGGACUCGGUGCGGCUGCUGGCGGUGGAGGCGUGCGUGAACAUCGCCCAGCUCCUGCCGCAGGAGGACCUGGAGGCGCUGGUGAUGCCCACCCUGCGCCAGGCCGCAGAGGACAAGUCCUGGCGCGUCCGGUACAUGGUGGCCGACAAGUUCACGGAGCUCCAGAAGGCCGUGGGGCCCGAGAUCACCAAGACGGACCUGGAGCUGGUGUCAGAUGCCAACCAGCACGUCAAGUCGGCCCUGGCCUCGGUCAUCAUGGGGCUGUCCCCCAUCCUGGGCAAGGACAACACCAUCGAGCACCUCCUGCCCCUCUUCCUGGCUCAGCUCAAGGACGAGUGCCCCGAGGUGCGGCUCAACAUCAUCUCCAACCUGGACUGCGUCAACGAGGUCAUCGGCAUCCGGCAGCUGUCGCAGUCCCUGCUGCCCGCCAUCGUGGAGCUGGCUGAAGACGCCAAGUGGCGGGUGCGGCUGGCCAUCAUCGAGUACAUGCCCCUGCUGGCUGGACAGCUGGGUGUGGAGUUCUUCGAUGAGAAGCUCAACUCCUUGUGCAUGGCCUGGCUGGUGGAUCAUGUCUAUGCCAUCCGCGAGGCGGCCACCAGCAACCUGAAGAAGCUGGUGGAGAAGUUUGGGAAGGAGUGGGCUCACGCCACCAUCAUCCCCAAGGUCUUGGCCAUGUCGGGGGACCCCAACUACCUGCACCGCAUGACCACACUCUUCUGCAUCAACGUGCUGUCUGAGGUCUGUGGCCAGGACAUCACCACCAAGCACAUGCUGCCCACUGUCCUGCGGAUGGCUGGGGACCCCGUCGCAAACGUCCGCUUCAAUGUGGCCAAGUCCCUGCAGAAGAUAGGGCCCAUCCUGGACAACAGCACGCUGCAGAGUGAGGUCAAGCCCAUCCUGGAGAAGCUGACCCAGGACCAGGACGUGGACGUCAAGUACUUUGCGCAGGAGGCUCUGACCGGUGAGGCUCCUGUCUCUGGCCUGAAGCUGGACAAAGAGCCAACGCUGACCGUGGGGUCCACCGCGCCCCUCCUCGGGAAGGCAGUCGGGGGCCCUGGCUGUCGCUCCCCGUGCAUGGUCCGAGCCCAGGUCCUUCCCCAGCCCGCCCCGCCCUCCCCAGCCUGGGAUGACGUCUUGCUGUCCACCUCCCUGGGGCUGGGGCAGCACGAGGAGGGACAUGCUGUGACCCUGAAAGACAGGCCCGCCAGCCGGGGAGACACGGGCACGCGGGUCCCCGGCUCCCGGCACCGGGCCUCCACCACCGGCCUCCCCGCCUCCCUCUCCCCGCCCAUGACUGCGUCGGCCGUGCAGAUCUCGGUCCUUGUCGUUAACAUCGUUCUUGGGGAAGGUCCAGACACAGCUCGGGGUCCUGCCCCGUCGGGCGGCUGCCCCGCAGGUGGCCGGCCUCUGACCCAGGCCUCCCUGGCCUGUGCCCGCAGUCCCCCUCGGGAGACAGGCAGGCUCCUGUCCGCCCUGCUCGGUCGUGUGGGAGCCACAGGGCCCGUGGCUUGUUGCUGGGUGCCGUCGAGUGGCCUGCAGGUCUGUGCAGGACAGAACCACGGCCCAGUCCUGUGCCGUCCUCGCCAGCAGGGCCGAGUGUUGUCAUCCGCUGCAGCGCGGUGUGCCGGGCGCCUGCUGCUGCACCACUCCCCACACCAGGCUCAGCCCCCGCCUCGGGGUCGACCCCAGCUGACCACGGCCUCCCGUUCGGUGUUGCCUGUCUUCCCCCUGCCGAGCCGCCGAUGGAGUCCAGUCCCUGACACUGAGCAGUGCGCCGUGUGA